AUGAUCAUUUACGCUAGCGAAAAAUAUGCGUGUGCCUCGUGCAUAAGAGGUCAUCGUUCCUCUACUUGCAAACAUACCAACAGAAUGCUUGUCAAAGUGAGAACUAGAGGUAGACCAUCCCCAACGGAGAUUAGAGACGUUAUUAUGGUGGACUCUUCUUCACGCAUCGAUGCGAAAUCGUCAUGCCAUUCUUCUAAUCACCAAAGCAAGCUUGCAGAGGGUGACGAUAGUAAUUCAUGUUCGCAAAAUAUGGAACGACAACCGGUAUUAUUUGUUCGAGUUAAGGACAGUAAGAAGGCAAGAUUACUUAAUGGGAAGUUACAAAUCUUAGUGGAUGAUUCAGCAGAUUCUAACGAGAAGGGAUCAUCAGUUUCCUCUAAGGAUAAUGGCAAUAGUAAAUUCAUACCGGAAGUAGAAUAUUUAAAACAACUAUCAGGGUCCUCAUCUGGUUCGGGAUCCAACUCUCUUGGCUCAACGCCGAACUCUAAUACGUGUUGUCAUCAUCACACUACCUGCGCUUCCAUGGCUGCGGCAGCUACCGCUAAUACAAGCACACAAUCUCUAUUAUCUAAGAACGAUAAUAAUAUGACGACGUCCACGAACAUGACUGAAGAUAAUAAUUUAGACAUAGGAAAAAUUGAAGAAAGUUUAAAUUCUAUGGAAUAUUUUGAACAAGUCUUAGAUUCAAAAACUCCUCUAGUUGAUCUAUUCACUCAUAAGGGUGUGUAUUUAAGCUCUGCAUGUUCAUGUGAGGAUGGUAAUUGUCCCUGUUUAAAUUGUCUAAUUCAUAGAAAUGAAGAUGAAUUAAAUUCGUAUAUUAGGCAAAGUGGAAUCCCAUUGACAAAUGUAGGUGAGGCUGAAUACAAAAAUGAAUUAAUGGAAUGUACUACAAGUAAUUGUGCAUGCACUGCAGUAGACUGUCUUUGCCAGGAUUGCAUUGUUCAUCCUACAGAAAUUAUUUCCAUUGAUAAAAUUUUAUUAAAUGGGUUGUUACAUAUGACGUUAAGAAGGAAAACAGUAAUAAAAUUUAAAAACAAGCUAAUUCCAUCUCAAUAUUGGUGGGAUUUUUUAAUUGGAAAAACUGUUAAAUUACAAGAGGGAGAUUUGGAAUCAAUAGAUAUAAUCGGAUGGUUUGAUUCAUUAAUAAAUAAAUAUCCGAUGGAAUUGCUUGAUGCUUCGGAUAUGGAAUCAAACAACUACCAUCAAAGAUUUUAUGUAAUAUAA